AACCACCUGCUGCCCUGCUGCCUUUGCAGCACUGAGACUUGGACAGGACCGUGGCGAGAUGCAGGCCCUGGGGGGCCCCAGUCCCGGGCAGACGUGCGUGUUGAUCCUGAUCUUCACAGUGCUCCUGCAGUCCCUCUGCGUGGCCGUAACUUACAUGUACUUCACCAGGGAGCUGAAGCAGAUGCAGGACAAGUACUCCCAAAGUGGCAUCGCUUGUUUCUUAAAGGAAGAUGAUAUCCCUUGGGACCCUGAUGAUGAGGAGAGUAUGAACAACCCUUGCUGGCAAGUGAAGUGGCAACUCCGUCAGGUUGUUAGAAAGAUGAUUUUGAAAACCUAUGAGGAAACCAUUCCUACAGUUCCAGAAAAGCAGCUAAAUAUUCCUUACGUAGUAAAUGAAAGAGGUCUUCAAAGAGUAGCAGCUCACAUAACUGGAAGCAGUCGGAGAAGAAGCAUGUUUCCAGUUCCAAGUUCCAAGAAUGAAAAAGCUUUGGGCCAGAAAAUAAACUCCUGGGAGUCAUCAAGAAAAGGACAUUCCUUCUUGAAUAAUUUGCACUUGAGGAAUGGAGAGCUUAUUAUCCAUCAAAGGGGGUUUUAUUACAUCUAUUCCCAAACAUACUUUCGAUUUCAGGAACCUGAGGAAACUUCGGGAACAAUUUCAACAGAACAGAACAGAAAGAGAAACAAACAAAUGGUACAAUAUAUUUACAAAUACACAAGUUAUCCUGACCCUAUACUACUGAUGAAAAGUGCUAGAAAUAGUUGUUGGUCUAAAGAUUCUGAAUAUGGACUCUAUUCCAUCUAUCAAGGUGGGAUAUUUGAACUUAAGGAAAAUGAUAGAAUUUUUGUCUCUGUAAAUAAUGAGCAAUUGAUUGACAUGGACCAAGAAGCCAGUUUUUUUGGAGCCUUUUUAAUUGGCUAAAUAAUCUGCAAAGAAAAACAUUAUUCUCAAAGUGACCAUUCACAGCAAAGCAAGGAAGUCUGAGCAAAGCCACUUCAUCCAAAAGACCAAAAAGGCAACACACGCUCCUCUAAUAUCUCUGAAUAUGACCAAGUCAUUCUAAGAAAGUGAAAUUGCCGAAAGAACUUUCAGGGCUCUAGCAGGUGUCAGUUUGCUAGCAGAAAUCUAGAGGAUUCUUUUUCCAAACACUUGUGUAGCAAUAAACAGCUGUCUUUAUUAUCUACUCUUGUGAAGAUUCCAGAAGAAAGAUUAAUGAUCCAUCUAUUUUUUAUGUAGGCUCCACAUGGAGCCCAACACCGACCGGGCUUGAACUCACAACCCUGAGAUCAAGACCUGAGCUGAGAUCUAGUCAGACACUUAACUGACUGAACCACCCAGGCAUCCAAUGAUCCAUCUCAUAAGUAUUAUAUCACCUUGGUCGCUUCCAGGUUACCAUAAGAGACAACAUUGCCAAAGCUGAAAGAAAGGGGAACCACUAAAUGUCAUGAUCUUGGGAGGUAGCCUCUGUCAAUAUAUGCGAUGUGCAAAGGCUGUUUGUGUUGUGCAUGACCUCACAGGAGUUAUCUCAUACACCUAGAUUUGAUGGAAAUAAGAACAUUCUACUCAAAAUAAUACCAUUUUGUUAAAAAAAACUAAAUUUAUGCUCAAUGAACAAGGAAUUAUUUCUGAAUGACUUGUGAUUUUCACUACCAAAAGUCAGGCCGGUCAAAAGCACUGAUAAUAUUUUUGAUAAAGGACUCCAUAAUGAGUGAACAGCUAAUCAGAACAAGGGAAUUUGGUCUCAUGGGAGCAGGAGGAGAAAUAGGAAACUGGAAAUGCCAAACACAGGUAAAUUAGCAGAAAAGAACCUAGGAAAGAUCUGAUCCCCACCCCCUACCCUCUUACCCCAUCCUCCACUGCCAAAUGUCAUUGUCUAGUAUACAACUGUUUCAGUUACUUGCCUCUGCCAGAAGAGCAAUUGCUUUUUUCUGCCAAAAUUGUGACACAAAACAUUUUAUUUCACCAUUUAAUCUAACCAGUUGGAGAAAAAAAAUUAGUUGGAGUAUUUGUCCAAUCUCUUCUAACUGUUGUCCUAAACACAGCAUAAUUCAUACUUUGGGCUUGCUUGUAUGCUCAAACGUUCAUUUAAACGUAUCUGAUCAAAUAAGUUUUUUCAAAAGAGGCUCAUUUAAAUUUAAAUUUACAACAUGCUCCAGAUACCUGGCACUUCUGGCGCUUCUUACUCUAUUUUCUAUAACACUACUUAAGUUUUUACAUACUGACAAAUUGACUUCAUUUGUUACUCUGUUUUUUAAAGCCUGCCUCCUCUCACCAGAAUGUAAGCACUGUGAUGGCAGGGAACAUGUAGUCCUGUUCAGAUCUGUAACCUCAGGACCUGGGACAGUACUUUAACAUAUACCCACACAAAAUAUAUUUGUGAAUAAAUGAAUGAUGGAGUGAAUGAAUACCUAAUCCUAUGG